UCAGACGCCAUUGCUGCAGCAGGUGCUGCACGGGGCGCCUUCCUCCCCACGAAGCCGCGUUGUUGUGGAGCUGCUGCUGUUGCACAGGAUGCCAUCGCUAUGGAGCUGCUGCAAUGGGGAAAGGUGCAAGCCAUGAACUAACUGCAACUCUUGAACGAAGACCACCAUGGAGCAGGCGAGGACGACCAAGACGCAGAGGACGGAAGACGAGGAACACGAGGGUGGCGGGAUGCAGCGAGUCCCGGAGGAAUGCCUGGCGAUGGCCAUUGGCCUGACCUCACCGGCCGACGCUUGCCGCGCCGCCGCGGUGUCCGCGGCCUUUCGGUCAGCGGCGGACUCCGACGCCGUGUGGGAGCGGUUCCUGCCGCCCGACUGCGACGCCAUCCUGGAGCGGGCCGUCCACCUCGUAGACUCCUCCUCCAAGAAGGAGCUCUUCAUGGACCUCAGUGACGAACAUGUCCUCCUCGACGAUGGCAAAAGGAGUUUUGGGCUCCAGCGAUCGACUGGCGCCAAAUGCUACAUGCUAUCUGUGAGCGACAUGGGAAUCGCUUGGGGUCAUACAGAUCUUUACUGGAGAGAGUUGUCGGACCCAGAUGCACGGUCCAAGGUGGCAGAGCUCGUGUCAGUGUGCUGGCUGGGCUUGUCUGGCCGAAUCAGCAGUAAGGAGCUCUCACCAGGCACCCACUACGCAGGCUACCUCGUCUUCAAGCUCACACACGACGCCCACGGCCUGAGCGCCCCGCGCCAGGUUUCAUAUGUUGAGGUAGACGGCCAGGUGGUGGCGGGGAGCGUCCGCACGCCGUCUUUCCAUCCCUGCAACCGUGCCGCUGCUUCCUGCGGCGAGGCCGGAGAGCCGCACGAGCACGCGGAGGAGGACGGCGUAGGGGGCGUCAGGAGGUACCCAAGGCAACGGGACGACGGGUGGCUGGAGCUGGUGAUCGGCGAUUACCACACAGGCACAGGUGAUGAUGAUGUAGGAGCAGAUAUUAAGAUGGAACUGCAUGAGUGGGAGGAGCUCAAGUGGAAGAAGGGGCUCAUCAUCCAGGGAACCGAGUUCAGGCCUAAACAAGCUUAGUUCAUUUAUCAUAUGGUAAUCAAAUCUCCACCGUGUGGAAUGGAGUAGCUUCUUAUCUUACACUAAAGAAAUAAUUUGGGUCAGUCUAAAUGUCCAGCGAGCAAUAUAUUUGAUAGCCCUUCAGACGUUAACUGUCAUGUAUUUCUGUUUCUGCUUGUAGUUGUUUUUGAAUAAAGAAUAUAUUACAUCCGGAAGAA